GGUCGACUUUUUCAUUGUCUUUUGCACUUUGAUAAAGACCACGUGUAACUCAGCCACCAUGAAAUACCUGGUGAUCUUCCUUGCUACACUCAGCCUAGCCUGGGGACAGGAAAUCCAUUGCCACUGUGUCACUGCCGUCACCGUAGAGGAUGGAGCGGAGCUGAUCCAUGGCCUGCCCUUCACUGAGGUAGUAGAUUGUAGCAACUUUGAAGAAUGUGAACUACGCUGCAGUGAGGAGUUCACGGAGCUGACCAACGGAGGUGACUUGGACUUCGUGUUGGACAAUGGCAAGGUUGUGGGACAAGUAGCCUGUGAUAACUUGGCCAAGGAAGGAUAUCAAGACCUAGAGCCCAGCGAGGUGUACAUGUACAGCAGCAUCUGCCACGGUCCCUGGCUGUACAACGGUUUCAAGAGUCAGCAGAAGCUGUGUUGUGAAGGUGGACAGUACACGCCCUGCUAAUACCUUAUACCAUCAAGCCCUUACCCAAACCCGGUCCUCCUGAAAUACGAAAUCAAAGUAAGGGAAAAACGAAAAUCCCCAAUUAUCAUUUACUGAAGACACAGUUUUCUCUAUAUAUGUAACAUGACAUAUCAUACAUUGAUAUAAGCAACAACCAAUACUUUUAUCUUCAUAUUUCUACAAUAAAAACAUACAACAAUGUAA